AUGUCGGACGAGUCGGCGGAGGAGAAGCCCGGAGACACCUUUGAGGACAAGAGGGGGCCGCGCGUGAAGGGAAAGCAUCGCAAGGAGAAGCCAUGGGACCAUGACGGCAUCAACCACUGGGAAGUGCAACCCUUCAAGAAGGAGGAGAAUCCGAGUGGUCUUCUGGAGGAGAGCGCCUUUGCGACCCUGUUCCCAAAGUAUAGAGAAAAGUACCUGCGUGAGGUCUGGUCAGCCGUGACCCGGGCCCUGAAGGAGCAUGGCGUGGCAUGCGAGCUCAAUCUGGUGGAGGGCUCCAUGUCCGUGCGCACCACGCUCAAGACCUACGAUCCCUACAUCAUCCUCAAGGCCCGGGACGUGAUCAAGCUGCUGGCCCGCAGCGUCCCCGCGCCCCAGGCCCUGAAGGUGUUGGAGGAUGAUAUGCAGUGCGACAUCAUCAAGAUCGGGGGCCUCAUCCGGAACAAGGAGAAGUUCACGAAGAGGCGACAGCGCCUCAUCGGGCCCAACGGCGCAACCCUGAAGGCCCUGGAGCUGCUCACCGGCUGCUUCAUCCUGGUCCAGGGCAACACGGUGGCGGCCAUGGGGGGCUGGAAGGGUCUCAAGCAGGUCCGUCGUGUGGUGGAGGACUGCAUCAAGAACAUCCACCCCAUCUACCACAUCAAGACGCUGAUGAUCAAGCGCGAGCUGGCCAAGGACCCCACCCUGGCCACGGAGAACUGGGACCGCUUCCUGCCCAACUUCAAGAAGAAGAACGUGAAGCGGAGAGCGGCGGUGAUCAAGCCCAAGGCGCCCUACACCCCCUUCCCCCCCGCCCAGCCCCUCAGCAAGGUGGACCGGAUGCUGGAGUCGGGCGAGUACUUCCUGACCAAGGACCAGCAGGCAGCGCGCGCGCGCAUGGCCAAGUCCGCGGCCCAGGCCAGCAAGACGGAUGAGCGGAAGCGGAAACGGGAGGCGGAAUUUGUCGCGCCCAAGGAGGAGGCAGGGGCACGGGGACGUGACGUGGAGAGGUUCAGUUCGACGUGA